AUGUUUUCUGUGUGUCCUUUACUCUCCUGUGCUACCUCACACUCAGCUGCCCUGGGCUUUGAUGAUAAGAUCGUUGGGGGGUAUGAGUGCAGGGACCACAAAGUCCCCUGGCAGGUGUCCCUCAACAACGGCUGGCACUACUGUGGAGGAACCCUGAUCAAUGAGCGCUGGGUGGUCAGUGCUGCUCACUGCUAUAAGGGGGAGGACAUCGAGCUGCGUCUGGGUGAGCACCAUAUUGGGUACAAGGACGGCCCCGAACAGUUCAUCGCUGCUGCCCUCAUCAUCCGCCACCCUGACUACGACCGCUACAAUGUAAACAAUGACCUAAUGCUGAUCAAACUUGCCGAGCCAGCAAAGAUUAAUGAGUAUGUCCAGCCCAUAGCCCUGGCCAGCAGCUGUGCCCCUGCAGGGACCCAGUGCCUGGUCUCUGGGUGGGGAGCCACCCAGAGCCCCUUCGGUUGUACGAAGUGCCUGCACUGCCUGGACCUGCCCAUCCUGCCGCAGCAGGACUGUGAGCGCUCCUACCCCGACAGGAUCACCUCCUCCAUGUUCUGCACCGGCUUCCUCCAGGGAGGCAAGGACUCCUGUCAGGGAGACUCUGGUGGCCCUCUGGUGUGUAACAGGGAGCUCCAGGGUGUGGUUUCCUGGGGGUGGGGCUGUGCUGAAGAGAAUCGCCCUGGGGUUUACGCCAAGGUCUGCCAGUUCACUGACUGGAUCUACUCCACUAUGGCCUCUCAUUGAACUCCUUCUGC